UGGCAUGUUCAAAAGAGUUGCUGCUCAAUUUACUCCUUAUUCGUGGACAUCUUACGAUUGGAAAGCCACUACAAGCCUUACAAGAUGGCUGGCUGUCUGUGGAAUUGCUGCUGUGUUCCUUAUGGCCGAGUUAAACUUGUUUUACUUGAAGUUUAUUUUGUGGAUUCCUCCUCCUCAUUUCAUCAUGCAAGUUCGUAUGGCACUGUACCUUGGGAUGGGAGCUGUGGCACUGAAUGAAACAUUUAGAUACAUGGACGACCCCACUUGUAAGCGGUUUGGACAGCAGGCUUGGGUGGUCGCGGCUAUUGUUGCAACAGAAGUGCUAAUCUGCGUUAAAUUCGGUUGGGAAACCAUCACUAUACCCUUUCCUACACACGUGACAGUAUUCUGGCUUCUUUUCCUCGGCUCUUGGACUGCGUGGACGGUGUGGCAAUUUUGGCCUUCGAUUAUCGGCGGCUUUCGUAUCAAUCACGAUAAAGAAACCGAUAGUGGUAUUAUUAACGCAGAUCACAGACCAAAACAUGAAUGAAUUUUUGACAAAAUGUUCGAGAAUGAUUAAAUACUGAUCAAGAUUUUUAGGAUAAAUAAAAAUGGGGAAAAUUCCCUUUGGAUUUUUGUUCUCAUCAGCAUCAGGGCAGGUUGCGCUUUUCCUUCAAGCGUAAUAAAUUAAUUUGCUAAUUCUAGAGAAUGAUUUUCAAAGAACGUAAUUUGCCAAUUUUUGAGAAUGAUUUUCAAACAGUGCGUUCACGGCUAGUUUCAAAUUUUUCAGUAUCGUCAUCCUCAUUAUCAACGUCAUGAACUUUUCAGUUCUACGUUUUUCUUUUUGGUUAUGUUUCUUUUUGUCCUGUCAAGAGAAUAAUGAUUUUAACAAUAUAUUGAGAAAUUUGUGUGAAAGAAUCAAUUCGUAUUCAAUCGGAACGAUCCCAACGAGCUAAUUUGUUCUUGUUUGCCGCUUGUAAUUAAUGUAUGCCUUGCAAGUGGCGAUCACAUGGAGAGACACCCAGCCGGGAUAAAAAGGGUGUUGCGCCAUUUCUCUUCCAGCAAGAUGCCCCUUGAAACAUGCGAUCGCCAACUGCGACGGAUUUGUUAUGUGCUACCUAUCAGUGAACGGAUUUGUUAUGUGCUACCUAUCAGUGAACACACCAACAAUUCGGCGUAUCUCGCUGAACUGUUGUGAAUGUUUUACGGUCAUGCUUUUUGUUACACUGGGGUAGAAGACAAGGCAUUCAUUUAGUUAGCUCAACUGGGUUCCAUGAAAUUUCAGCGUAUUUUUAUUCACGGGAAAUAUUUAUCAUAUGACCAAUUGUUAAGUGAAGGUAUCAAAAUGGUUCUCGUUAACCAAGGAAGAUCAAGGCUUGUGUAUUGCGUAUUUAUAAACAAUAUGGGAGGAGAGUGAUGUGAUAUCUAUGUUCUGUAGUAGGAGGGCCAGACUCAAAUUAUAUUUCAAAGUGUGACGCCUGAAAAGAAGAAGAAGAGGAGGAAAUUCUAGUUUCUUAUCACCGAGACAGGGGCCGCAAAUAUUUUUACAUCUCCAACCGAACCUAAGAAAUAUGUACUUUUGAUUAAUUCACAUCAAGAACCAAAACCUUAGUUAAUGUAUCUGUAAUGCGUGGUUGGUGUUAAACGAAAAUUAUUCAAGGAUAGACAAAUUUUUCACAAGGCAGAAGCAUUUUUUUUCGAUCCUGUGCUUAAUUAUUAGCAUUGUCCUUCUGGAUUUUUAUGUAGUAGUGGUCAAAUUUUGCACUAUUAGCGUGAAGAAACCAGGUGCCUGUUUUAGUAAAAUUUACGAUCGUGUAUAGCGAGUGAUAAUUUUAGCUCAACAUUUAUUGGUUGAAGUAACUGAAGGCACUCACCUAAUGUAGGCAUGAACACUCGAUACUAAGUUAAAAGACGUAUUUUUCUAGUUUAUGGUAGAGAAACAUGUUAAUACGCGAUUUUGAUAAAUAAAUAUGGACAAA